ACUAUUCAAUAGUCCUGUCCAUUCAAAAUUUUAAAUCAAUCCAUUCAAAAUUUUAAUUCAAUCCAUUCAAAUUCAUCUCUCUCUCAUCAUCUUCAUCUACUUCUGCUGCUUAUUGCUCUUCACUUUCAUCAAAGAUCAUCUUAUCAUCAUUCUAAUUUGAUAUGGAAAGAGAUUUUGAAAACUCCACAUUCCAAUCUCUCCUAUUCCUCCUCAUCUUUGUCUCAACCUCAUUCUCCAAUGGCCAACCCGACUGCGCUCCUCCUCCGUUCAAUUGCGGUGAAAUCAAAGACAUCAGCUACUCAUUUUGGACGGUGGACCACUCGCACAAUUGCAGCCACCUAGGAUUCGAACUCAGAUGCGAAGAUAAUACCCCACAAAUCAAAAUUGGGUCCCGGAAAUAUCGAGUUAACAAGAUUGUUCAUGAGGAGAAGAAAUUAAAGGUUGCUGAUAUGGAUUUCAAAGGCAAGAAGUGUCCUAAGCCGCCAAUCAAUGCAACGGUCGACUUCUCUCUCUUCGAAUAUGCUACCGAUGAUUCCAAUCUCAUCUUAUACUACGAUUGCUCUCCCUCCAAUAUCCCGAACUCUCCUUCAUUUCCUAGCCUUACUAUUGUUUACUACAUAAUCAAGGCUGGCCCACUUCAUGUCCCUGAACGUUUUCGAAGCUGCAAGGUUAGUGUGAUUCCACUUCCUGAAUCGGUUGCGCGCAGCUUGAAGGAUGUUCUGUCGACUUAUGGGGAUGCGUGGAACAAAGUUUUUGAUUUGAAGUGGACCGUCGAUCUUCCGAAGUGUACGGAUUGUGUCCGAUCAGGUGGGAAUUGUAGUUACAGUUCGACUAAUCCCACAGAACCAAUACGUAAUUGCGAAAGUCAACCGAAUCAUGCAACAUGCACCAAGGAUAAUGAGAAAAGAAGGAAGAUAAGGAAAAUAAUAAUAGGAGUGGGCGCUGGAGUCGGUGGCUGCAUCCUAACAUGCUUCCUCUUCUUCAUCUGUCAUCGGUACCGCCAGAGACGGUUUGCCACUGCUUCAAAACUCCUCUCACGGUCCUUCUCUUCAGACCCUUCUUCCCAAUCAGAGCUUGGCAAGGGCGGCAGCAUCCUCCCAACCCAUAUCUUCACCUACAAGGAACUUGAAGACGCCACCAACAACUUCGAUCCGUCUAAAGAACUAGGAGACGGAGGAUUCGGCACUGUUUAUCAUGGCAAGCUUCGUGAUGGGCGUUCGGUCGCAGUCAAGCGCCUUUAUGAGAACAACUGCAGGCGUGUUGAACAAUUCAUGAAUGAAAUUGAUAUCCUUUCCCGCCUGCGUCACCAGAGCCUUGUAACAUUAUAUGGGUGCACCUCCCGCCACAGCCGUGAGCUCCUCCUCGUCUACGAAUUCAUCCCCAAUGGUACUGUCGCAGAUCAUCUCCAUGGCAACCAUGCCAAAGACGGGGCCCUCACAUGGCCCAUCAGAAUGAGCAUUGCUAUAGAGUCUGCUGAUGCACUGGCCUACCUCCAUGCAGUUGAAAUCAUACACCGUGAUGUAAAAACCAACAACAUUCUCCUGGACAACAAUUUCAAUGUGAAAGUCGCAGAUUUCGGAUUGUCCCGAUUAUUCCCAACGGACAGGACACAUGUAUCGACGGCUCCCCAAGGAACGCCCGGCUAUGUGGACCCUGACUAUCACCGGUGCUACCAGCUCAACAACAAGAGUGAUGUGUACAGCUUUGGAGUGGUCCUGAUUGAGCUUAUAUCGUCGAAGCCAGCCGUGGAUAUCACUAGGCAUCGGCAAGAGAUCAACUUGGCUAACAUGGCAAUCAACAAGAUCCACAAUAAUGCAUUGAAUGAGCUGGUGGACCCCACUCUUGGGUACGAAUCAGAUCAUGCAGUGAGGAGGAUGAUCACAUUGGUGGCUGAGUUGGCAUUCAGAUGCUUGCAAGAUGAGAAGGAGGUGAGGCCUACCAUGCAGGAAGUGCUGGAGGUUUUGAAAGGGAUUCAGAGGGAAGACUACAAGGUGGAGAAGGCAGAAGAGUUGGAUGUUCUAGCGGUGGCAGACGAUGCCGUUCUGUUGAAGAAAUUCCGGCCGCUAUCACCAGAUUCUGUUACGGAUACGUGGAUCAGCCGCUCCACAACACCUAGUGCAAGUGGGUAAUGCAUGAUUUGUCUUAAUUAAUUGUAGGAUUAUCCAUCAUCUGAUGGAAGAGGGUACCUUAUAAUUUCUUUUCUUAUCUUUUCUUCUCUACUUCCUUCUUCACCAUCAUCAUCAUCAUAAUUUUUGUGGGUUCUUUAAGGGGAUUUGGGAGAUGUAAUUAGUGGCUUUUGGGGGCAAUAUGUAUAUACUAAUGCUGUUAGUAUUGGAUACAUUAUAUUAAAAUUAAGGGGGUACAAUUGUAGACUUGUGCUUAUGGUCACGCUACUUGAAACUUUGGAUGUUUUUAUUUUAUUAUUUUGAUAUUGGUUUUAAAUAAUAUAUUCUUUUAUUGUUUUA